UGACCAGCUUUGAACUUCAACUAUCAACUUUCAUCUAGAAAGAUCAAAUUUAAUAUUUUGACAUCUUCGCAACACCAGCAUUCACUUCAUUAACAAUGUCUGCCAAGAGAAUAAUCACUGUAUUUGGUGCCACUGGCAAGCAGGGCGGGGCCAUCGUCAAGACCUUUUUGAACGACCCAGAGCUGAACAGCACCUGGACUGUCCGCGCUGUUACCCGUGAUGUCUCCAAGGACUCAGCCAAGACACUUGCUUCACAGGGCGCUGAAGUCGUCGCAGCCGAUCUCACUGAUAAAGCCACUCUCGCUAAGGCUCUUGAGGGCUCUGACACGGUCUAUGCGGUGACCAACUAUUGGGAGAAGCUCGACAUGGCGCUCGAGGAGCAGCAGGGCCGCAACAUUGCUGACGCUGCCAAGGAAACUGGUGUGAAGCAUCUCAUCUGGAGCUCCCUUCUCGAUGUUGCUAAAUUAUCCAACGGCAAAUAUACUCACCUCUACCACUUCGACAGCAAAGCCCACGUAGAGGAAUACGUGCGCGAGCUCGGGAUCCCAGCUACUUUCUUUAUGCCAGGCUUCUAUAUGCCUAAUAUCCCCGGCCAGAUGCUGUCGAAGCGAGGCGAGAACUGGGUCUUCAGCUUGCCUAUUGCGUCUACAUCGCCUAUUCCUCUCUACAACCCAGCCGACACGGGUAACUACGUCAAGGCCAUCGUGAACAACAAGGAGGCCUUACUAGGCAAGCGGUUCCUCGGCGCGACCGAGUAUCUCACAGCGCAAGGGGUUGUCGACACUUUUAAGAAGGUGUUCCCCGAGGACGGCAGAUCCGCGAUGUAUUACGAGACACCCAAGGAGGGCUACUUCGGCUUCAUGAAGAGCACCGGGAUGCCUGACUUUGUCGUUGAGGAGUUGUACGAGAACAUGGUUCUCAUGCAGGAUUUCGGAUACUAUGGCGGCGAGCCGCUUGAUGAGUCGCUCGGAUUUGUCAAGGACAAGCUCACCACCUGGGCUGAAUACACCAAAGAGGCUCCCGCAUUUGCUGGUCUGAAGUAAACAUGAUGCUCGAUGUUGGCGGCACAUACUAGCAUACAAGAUAGUUAAAUCAUAGAUGGUUUCCCAUCAGUUUCAUUGUGUAUUGGCGCAAAGUGUCUUGUAAUUUGGACAAGGAAGUGAGCAUGAUGACAGUCAGUAGCUAGGCUGGCUUCGCAUCAUAAAUUGAAAAAUAAUUCGUUGGACGCAGUGUGCCCAAUGUGUAUAUAGAAGAAAUGGUCGGAUCGUAUUUAGAAGAAGCUGGCAUUUUGAUGCGAAUCAAUCAAGAUGUUGAACUUGGCACGUGAGUU